AUGCCUCGGCCUCGUGCAGGUAGACCGACCCUCAGCCAGGGCUUAGACCGUGAUGUCUACCAGGUCGUGCGCAAAAUUAUUGACGAUCAACCCGAGACCAGUCGCAUUCGCCUUUCUGCCCCGGCAAUUUAUGAACAGAUCAAAAAGUCCAAUUCGAGUUUAAACCGCAGACCAAAAAGGCAACUGGAAGACAGCCUGGAGCGCGUAUUGGAGGUGGUCAAAGCCGAUCUAGGCGGGGACGAUGAGGAAGACUCAGUGGAGGGUGAUUUCGAGGGUCUAGAGGAGCCGCCUGUGGUGGAAACCAAUGGCGUCAACCAGAGCAUCGUCGGCAUGUGGAAUACCCCGAAGGCAGCUACAGCCAAAAAAUCCGAGUCGUCAGGCACAUCCUCGAAGAGAAAGAAGGAAGGCGGAGAAUCAGCUUCCAAAAGACGCAAAGCCGAUGCGGCGGUCGACCGUUCCCCUCCUACACAUGUCAGUUUGGCGGACUUGGGUGGCUUGGACGAAGUGGUGGAGCAAUUGGGCGACAUGAUUAUCCUGCCCAUGACUCGGCCACAGGUUUACAUCUCGUCAAAUGUACAGCCGCCGCGUGGAGUGCUGUUACACGGUCCUCCAGGUUGUGGUAAGACUAUGAUCGCAAACGCAUUUGCGGCAGAGUUGGGUGUGCCUUUCAUUUCAAUCUCUGCUCCAUCCGUUGUGUCUGGCAUGUCGGGUGAAUCUGAGAAAGCUCUCCGCGAGUACUUUGACGAGGCUAAGCGCCUCGCUCCUUGUCUGAUUUUCAUUGACGAGAUCGACGCUAUUACACCAAAGCGAGAGAGUGCUCAAAGAGAAAUGGAGAAGAGAAUUGUCGCCCAGCUUCUUACUUGUAUGGAUGAUAUCUCUCUGGAAAAGACGGAAGGAAAGCCCGUUAUUGUUCUUGCAGCGACCAACCGCCCUGACAGUUUGGAUGCCGCAUUACGUCGUGGAGGUCGCUUCGACAAGGAAAUUAAUAUGACCGUUCCCUCAGAGCCUGUCCGAGAGCAAAUCCUUCGGGCCUUGACCAGAAAGAUGCAGAUGGCGGAUGAUCUUGACUUUAAGACUUUGGCCAAGAGAACGCCUGGUUUUGUCGGUGCUGAUCUCAACGACCUUGUCUCCACCGCAGGUGCCGCGGCCAUCAAGCGUUAUCUGGAUAUCCUGAAGUCCAACAGUGGGGAGGAGAUGGAAAUUGAAGGAGAGGACGAACUUAGCCCCAGGGUCCGAGAACUUCGCCGUCUCAUCACGCACGCUAGAGAGAACCCGAUUGGCGACGAGACAGAAACCGUCCUUGUCUCCAACGCCGACUUUUUCACCGCACUUCCUAAGAUCCAACCCUCCUCCAAGCGUGAAGGCUUCGCCACUAUCCCUGAUACCACUUGGGCUGAUAUUGGUGCCCUGGGCGGUGUCCGCGAUGAGCUUUCCACUGCCAUCGUUGAGCCGAUCAGAACUCCCGAUAUCUACGAAAAGGUCGGUAUCACUGCGCCCACCGGUGUUCUCCUCUGGGGUCCCCCUGGUUGUGGUAAGACAUUGCUGGCCAAGGCCGUGGCCAAUGAGUCGCGCGCCAACUUCAUCAGCGUUAAGGGUCCUGAGCUGCUGAACAAAUUUGUCGGUGAAUCUGAACGUGCCGUGCGCCAAGUGUUUGUCCGCGCCCGCUCUUCUGUUCCUUGUGUAAUCUUCUUCGAUGAGUUGGAUGCCCUUGUUCCCCGCCGUGACGAUACUCUUUCCGAGGCCUCGGCCCGUGUCGUCAACACCCUCCUCACUGAGCUCGACGGUCUGGGUACCCGCCAGGGUAUCUAUGUCAUCGCGGCCACCAAUCGUCCCGAUAUCAUUGACCCAGCCAUGCUCCGUCCUGGCCGUCUUGAGACUCUGCUCUUCGUCAACCUCCCCUCGCCACUUGAGCGUGUUGAGAUUCUCCAGACUCUUAUCCGGAAUUUGCCUAUCGAAUUCAACGACGAGCUACGGAGACUCGCUGAGGAUUGUGAAGGUUUCAGUGGUGCGGAUCUUGGAUCUCUAUUGCGUCGCGCUGGUUACAUGGCUAUCAAGCGUCGUGAUAGUAUUCGGAUCGAGGACUUCGUGGCUGCGAAGACUUUCGUUCGGCCCAGCGUUACGGACAUGAAGAAGUAUGAGAAAUUACGGAGAGACUGGAGCGGUAACGGUGGUUUGGUUUGA